CCGACCCUCCGCUGCCGCCGGCCCGCCGUGCCGCGUCUGCUCCGCGCUGCGCUCCAGGCAACAAGGAACAGCAGUAUCUUCCCGCAAAGUGUUACUUGUUCUAUAAGUUUGGGCAGAACUGAGUUUACCCAACUCUACUAUGAAGAAGUGACCAAGAAUGGAUGCGACAUAAAACAGAAGUCAUACAGACUUAGUCACCAGUUUUGAUUAACUACUUACUGUUCAGUCUUUACGUCUAAACACUUGAAUUGUUUCAAGACUGCUGUAAAGGAAAGAUGACCUCUAGCGUAAAUCCACCACCGUACUACGAAAAUCAUGGCUUCCAGACAGAAAACUACUAUUCUGCCAGGCCACAAGUAGGUGCUAAUCCAUAUCCACAGUACUUUUCUACGAAUGUUCCAUCAGUGCCAACUUAUAUCCCAAGAGUUUCCAACCAUCAGUCAAGCAUUCCAGUAGCACCUCCAUCCAGUUCGUCCAGGAUGUGUUCAUCAAGUAUGAAGAAAAUCGUAAUAAUUGUAGUAUCCAUUUUAGUAGUCGUCGUUUGUGCAAUUGCUGCUUUCUUGAUCUGGUAUUUUGUUGAGGAUCGUUGUCUUGGAUCCUUAAUAGAGUGUGGAUCUUCGGGAGUGUGCAUUUCUCCCUCAUUGUGGUGUGAUGGAAUAACUGACUGCCCAAAUGGGGAGGAUGAAAACCGUUGUGUUAGACUUUAUGGACCAAACUUCAUCCUCGAAGUUUAUUCACCUGUCAGCCAAACCUGGUACCCUGUUUGUGAAGAUGACUGGACUGAUGAUUUUGGAAAGAUUGCAUGUCAAGACAUGGGUUACAGUGUAGAUACAUAUUACUAUAGCCAAGGAGUAGCAGCUGAUGUCUCCAUUAGAAGCUUUAUGAAGCUAAAUGCAAGUGCGGGGAAUACAGACUUGUACAAAAGGCUGCAAAGCAGUGAUUACUGUGCAUCAGGAAAUGUGGUUUCUCUGCGCUGCAUAAAGUGCGGCCUGUCCACUAACAGCAAAGCCAUCAUGGGCAGGAUCGUGGGUGGCAGCAUGGCGACGCUGGGGCAGUGGCCGUGGCAGGUGAGCCUCCAUGUGCAGGACACCCACAUCUGUGGAGGCUCCCUCAUCACCCGUGAGUGGCUGGUGACGGCAGCCCACUGCGUGGAGGGACAAUUUUCUGAUGCAUACGUCUGGACUGUUUAUGCUGGGAUUCUGAACCAGAAUGAGAUGCUGUCAACAUCUGGAUACAGAGUGCAAAAAAUAAUUUCCCAUCCAAAUUAUGAUACAGAUUCUAAAGACAAUGAUGUUGCCCUUAUGAAGUUAGAGACACCGCUGACUUUUACUGAUAAUAUACAGCCAGUUUGUCUGCCUAACCCGGGAUUGAUGUUCGAGCCUAAUGAGGAGUGCUGGAUAUCUGGGUGGGGAGCAGAGUAUCAAGGAGGUAAAACAGCAAGUGACUUGAAUUAUGCCAAGGUACUCUUAAUAGAACGUUCUACAUGUAAUUCUGUCUAUGUCUAUGAUGGCAUGGUCUUGCCUACAAUGGUCUGUGCUGGAUAUUUAGAAGGAGGAAUUGAUUCUUGUCAGGGUGACAGCGGAGGUCCUCUGGUAACAAACAAGAACUCGGUGUGGUGGUUGGUUGGAGAUACCAGCUGGGGAACUGGCUGCGCUAGUCCCAACAGGCCUGGAGUUUACGGAAAUAUGACUGUGUUUACAGACUGGAUUUAUAAAAAUAUGCAGGCCAACAGAUGACAACGCCAUUUCUCAUUCAAUGUUUCUGAGAACAAGAGAAAAUGAAGCCAUGGGUGCCUGGGAUAUUUAUUCACUUUUACAAAUGAUUUUUCUCUUUGAAUUUUUUUUUUUUUUUUUUAAUAACAUGAAGAAUUGCACGCUGGAUUAUGUGCUGGCUACAGUGACAGAUUUUAGUCAGUGAGGGAAUAUCACAGUAAGCACCUUUAUUGAUGGGGUGCCUCUCGGAAAGUCGUUCUGCUAAAUGCUUGCUGAGAUUUUUUUUUUUUAGCUGAGUAACUUUCACUUGGUAAUCAGGUGCAGGUUUAAAAUAGAAAUUUUAAUCACAACUUCAGAUUUUUGUAGCAGGGUUCUGAGACAGUUGGUUUUGUGGGGUUUUAAAUUAACUGUCACGUAAUGUGAAUAUUGAAUCUCUGAGCUGCUGGCUGGCAAUGUAAGAAGAAAUGAAUGUUUUUUGGUAUAUA